GAAUAAUUUCAAGUAUAAUUAGAGCUGAUUAUGGAACAGAAUAUACAUUAAUGGCUCCAGUUCAUAUGUUUUUUCGUGAAAAACAUAAUGAUAUUCGUGCAAAUUUAUUAUCAUGGAAAUAUGGAUCAUCUACAAGUAAUCAACGAAUAGAAGCUUGGUGGUCACAUUUAAAAAAAUACAAAUCGCAAUUUUGGAUUGAACUUUUUACUGAAAUUGAAAUAGCAGGUGAAUGGUAUUAUGGUAAUUAUAUUGACUA